AUGAAGAGGUGGCAAAGAAUUAAAGACCUAAGGUCCAACGCCUUUGAUGAUUCUGCUUUAACAGAACAUUAUAGCAUCCUAAGUACCGUUGGGUAUGGAGCAUUUGGUCAAGUCAAACUGGCGAGACACCUCCUGACCCAGACAGCAGUAGCGGUAAAAAGUGUCCCGAAAGGCAGGCUGUACGCCCUCCCCAAGUCAGAAAUUGAAAUCAUGAAAUCUGUAGACCACCCCUAUGUUAUUAAACUUCUGCACCUAAUCGAGACUACAAAACAUACUUUCAUAAUUAUGGAGUAUGCCUCGGGAGGAGAGCUGCUGGACAUGAUUCUUGAAUUUGGAUGCCUAGCAGAGGAGGAUUCCCGUAGACUAUUCAAACAAAUAGUGUGUGCCGUUGAAUACUGUCACCAGAAAGGAAUUGCCCACAGGGACCUAAAGCCUGAAAAUAUCUUAGUGGACGGCAAAGGAAACAUAAAACUUUGUGAUUUUGGGCUGAGCACCAAGGUGACUAUGGGGCAGAAGCUGAAGGAUGGUUGUGGGACCCUCUCUUACUGUGCCCCCGAACUCUUUGAAUGUAAAGCCUAUGAUGGUUUCUCCAUUGAUGUCUGGAGCUUGGGUGUGAUACUCUAUUACAUGUGCACAGGAUGCCUGCCUUUCCAGGGCCAUACCCAGGAAGUAACAAAGCGGAAAAUUUUGGUAGGAGCAUACUCCAUGAAAUUCAGGCUCUCACCAGAGUUUUGGGAGACGAUUGCUAAGUUGCUAACUAUAAACCCUAAACAAAGGCCAAGAGUAGGUGACAUCAUGAACUUCACAUGGUUAAAGGAUGAUGGUGAAGACUCUCCCUACUCCUUUGAAGACAACUCUGACAGCCCCCCAGACCCCACUGUAAUGGUCAUCAUGGGUGCCAUAGGAUACAAGCAACAAGAGAUAGAGGAAUCUUUACAGGAGAGAAAGUUUGAUGAGAUAAUGGCUACCUACCUUAUUCUUAAGCUACAGUCACCCUGGGGGGACAACUUUCUAGAAAAUUCCCUGCCCUGGCAGUCUGACCAAACCUUGACCCUUAAAGAUCCAACUCCGAAAGCACAAAAGACUAUAAAUAGGCCAUCUAGUGUCCCUUCCCUAACAACCUUCAUUUUAUCCACUCCUGAGAAUGACAAAAAUUGUAAUGGGAAGAAGAGUACACUGUCCACCCUCAGCUUCUUGGACAAGAAGGAAAGCCCUGAUCUUAAAAUCCACCCCCAGUGUGGCCAUGACACUCAUUUCAUGGGCAGCAGCUCCAGAGACAGAGAGAACAGUGCUAGCUCUGGUGUCAUAUGGACCAGAAUGUCUUCAGAGGACACACCACUGGAAACCCACUACGGCCAGUCAUCCUUGGACAAGUCCAAGGCUGGUUCUAACAAUUCAAUGAACAAGGUAUCAUCACAGGAUGUUUUGUCUCAUCUUGUGGAAGAAGGCCAGCAUAAGAAAAUCAAUGCACCAGGUGAAAAUAUCCACCCAUCUCUCCCCCAAAUUUCACCUCAGGAGGAGCUCACGGGACAAUCUUAUGAAGUGACUAUGGCUAGAUCAGAGACUGUGACCUCACAGGAUAGAUCAUUUUCAUUCUCUAGCAGUGAGGAUCUACAGGAAAAAGAGGCCAGCCCUUCCUCCCCACAUGCAUACCAGAGACAUCUCAGGGGUGGGUGCAAGAUUACACCCGAAGCACCCUUCAGAGAGCGGACCUGGAGCAUCUUGAAGAAUGGCGUUGUGAGAAGCCUGAGGAGGUUAUACUGCUGCUUAUCAAUGAAAAAGAGAAAAUUAGCCAACAACAAAGUCAUGCCUAUGGGCUGA